UGAACUAUCAAACUCUUGUCCAUUUCGAUUUUGAUCUUUGUGACGUAAUUACAGAAAACAUAUUAGAAAUAAUACUAGUCUACUUCUUUCGAUUCAGUUUGUUUGUUUUUUUCAUUUCAAAUUUUUAAAUAUCAAAUUUAAGAUAAAAGAAAGAUUAAAUCUAAAUUCCAAAUAUUAUUUAAUGUAACAUAGCAAUUCUGGUCUAGUUAUAACAUACUAUAUUUUCUUAAAAUCAGAAGAAUAAAAAAACGAUAUGAAUCUUUGCGGCUGAUGUUCUGUUUCAUAAUGAUGGGUCCCAUACCUAUCUUUCGAAGGCCCAUAGGGCCGUUGGUUUUAGCCGUCAUUAAACUCCCUCCCGACCUUCCCCAUACCCAAAAGUCCCUCCUCCUCUUAUUUCUCUUUAAAGUCUCUAAUUACCAUUCUAUUUAAAUCCUCCUUCAAUACACAUCCUCCUUACUACAAAUAUUUUUACUAAUUACCCCUCUUCUCUUAAUUUAUUACAACCCAUUUUCAGCGGAGCCGACCACACUCUGGCGGUGUUGGUUGUCUUCCCCUUUAACGUCGGUUCUAAGUUUUCCCUAUAAAUAAAUAUCUGACAUUUAAAAACUUAGAUUCAACAUUUUACUACUUCUCCACAUUGCCAAAACAAUUCUCUUCAAAUAAAAUACAAUGGAGAAAGCUCAAGUUUUCCUUCUCCCCCUCCUUGCUUUAUGUUUCGUAUUCCUAAUUUCAGGGGUGUCAUCAGCAACAUUUACAUUAGUAAACCAGUGCAGUUAUACAGUAUGGCCGGGGAUAUUAUCUGGGGCUGGAACAUCCCCGGUUUCUCCUACUGGAUUUCAGCUGAAUCCAGGACAGGCCAUUCCCGUUUCUGUUCCGGCGGGUUGGUCAGGUCGUUUAUGGGGUCGGUCUUUUUGCUCCCAAGAUUCGGCAACGGGUAAAUUCACUUGCGUAACAGGUGAUUGCGGCUCCGGAACAUUAGAGUGCACCGGCGGAGCUGCUCCGCCGGCGACUUUAGCGGAGUUCACACUCAACGGAGCCGAUGGGCUUGACUUCUACGACGUUAGUUUAGUGGAUGGUUAUAACUUGCCCAUGUUAAUAACCCCACAAGGUGGAACCGGUUCCGGAAACUGUUCUGCAACUGGGUGUGUGGUUGAUCUGAACGGGCCAUGUCCGUCGGAGCUAAAGCUUGUGAGUACCGGCAGUGGCGGAGGUGCCGAUGAGUGCGUGGCGUGCAAAAGCGCGUGUGAAGCGUUUGGGGAUCCAAGAUAUUGUUGUAGUGGGGCCUAUGCUACGCCUGAUACAUGCAAGCCAACUGAUUACUCAGAAUUCUUCAAGAAUUCAUGCCCGCGCGCAUACAGCUAUGCGUAUGAUGAUGGAACCAGCACCUUCACUUGUGCUUCUGCAGAUUAUGUCAUCACAUUCUGUCCUGCUCCUUCAACUAGUCAGAAAUCAUCUGGAGGACAAUACACUGGUGGUGGCAGUAACGUUUCAUUGAUCAGUAGCAGUGGCGUUUUAGCCUAUGGUCCAUUACCAAGCUUGAUGAUCUCCAUUUUAGCAGUUAUAUUUUUGAUCUAUAAGAAUUGAAGUGGGUCAAGCCCUCGACAGUUUUUUGGCCUCAAAAGUUAUUGUUGCGGUCAAGCAGAAAAUAUACCAUGUGAGCUCAAUUGACCAAAGUCGGCCAAUUUUUUGGACACUUUCAAGAAUUGGUAUCCAUGUGGCGUGGGAAUCUCUGUUUUCUUGUUUUUUUGAUUAAAAAGGCUGCAUGAAGAGAGAGCACUAUGGGGGAAAAAAGAAAACAACAAGUGAACUAAUUAAAGAGGGUUGGUUGAGAUUAUAUUUUAGCAGGUUUUGUAAAUAAAUAAUAUUUCAAGUGUAGACAAGUUUUAGCGGCAUGAGGCUUCGAUCAUUUUUAUUUGUCAAGUAAUGCCCUUACUGAUGUUGACAAUCUCAAGAGUUUUUAUGUGCAUAACUUGACAUUAUUUUUUGGAGGGCCUAAAUUGACCACUGUAAUUUUAGUAAUAGUAAUAACCUUUUAUCUUUAUAUAA